GCGCAGCGCUAACGGUCCUAACACUAACGGCGGUCGUGCCUCGCCGCUGCUGUCACCCCUGGCCGCUGCUGCCCUCCCCGCCGAGGUUCUACUGCUCUCCUUCUUGAGAAGAAGGGUCGGAGGCACUGGAUCUCUCCCCACACCUCUCGCCUGAGGCCAGGCGCCAGGUGUCGCCUGAAGCCAGACAGCCGGUUUGGGAGCGAGCCUGAGGGCAAGGGGAAGGCAAGGAGAUCAAGAGAAUGCCAACCAAUCAAUGGCUCAGACAAGAUAAGCCAACAUGCAUCCCGCUGGAGCUGCCGAAGAUGCUGGAGGAGUUUGCCAAAGCCGCCAUUAGGGUGCAGCCGCAGGACCUCAUCCAGUGGGCAGCCGAGUACGUGCUCCUUUCUCGCCUUCACCCCUUGGAGGACGGCCGGAGAGAGAGGGUCCUGGAAAACCGCGGAGCUUUGCUUCCAUGUUGUCUAACCAAUUCCACAAGAAGUCCAGAGAUGUUGGUACUGAGUGUUACUCUACCUGGGCAGCACUUCUGUGGAAUGAGUUAUUUUGAGGCCGUGUCCCGUGGAAAGACACCUCUGGUGAGAGAGAGGUCUGAGUCAGUCGCUUUGUGUAACUGGGCAGAGCUAACACCGGAGGUGUUAAAGAUCCUGCAUUCUCAGGUUGCUGGCAGACUGAUCAUCCGUGCAGAGGAGCUGGCCCAGAUGUGGAAAGUGGUGAAUCUCCCAACAGAUCUGUUUAAUAGUGUGAUGAAUGUGGGUCGCUUCACGGAGGAGAUCGAGUGGCUGAAGUUUUUAGCCCUUGCUUGCAGUGCUCUGGGAGUUAGACAACCAAGAGCCGACUGUAGAAAAAGACUUCCAGACACCUAGAAUAUGUAUCAAUAGACACUUUUUAAAGGGGGUACAAUCUUAUAGAAAACUACUAUGUAACAAACAGAAUUGGAUGCAGAACUCAGACAUAAGAAAGCAAAAGAAAAGAGAGAUGAGGCUAUUUCUGAAUUUAGUCAUGACAUCUCCAUGGAUGCAGGAUGUUCAUACAGAUUUAUGCCUUUUCCAAAUUUGACUUGUUUGAUAUUGGAAAAGCAAUUUUACUGUUUUGAAGCCAAAGAUGCUGAAAUCAGUUUAUAUGUAUAGAUAUCUAAAGCUUGGGUAUCUUAUGUGUGGACUUACAUUGUUAAACAUUGUUAAAAUAACUUAAAAUGAAUCAAAAACAUGGUUUUUAAAAAGAAUCCCUGAGAUACAUACAAGUUUGAAAAUUAUUGAGAAAAUAAUUGC